AUGUCGGACCCUCUGCUCUUUGAAGAUACCUUCACCGUGACUUCGGUCAACCAGCAGAAAUAUGACCGUGUCUCGCGUAUUACCUGCAGCUCUACCGAUGCAACUAUGAGCUUCACCCUCGACAUUAACACCGAUCUGUACCCGUGCGCCGUCAACGAGACGCUCUCUCUGGCGCUGGCCUCUACUCUCUCUCUUGACGGCAAGGAGGACGCCCGCAACAGCUGGCGCAACGUUGCCGAUGGCGACCAGACUCUCGCCAACGAGUACGACUAUGUCUGCCAUGGCAAGGUUUACCGAUUCGAGGAGGGUGCGACCAAGGAUACCAUGGCUGUGUUUGUCUCGUUUGGUGGUUUGCUGCUUUACCUGGAGGGUCCCUACAAGAAGCUCGUUACGCUGCGGAUCGACCACGUCUACCUGCUUCUGAAGAAAUAG